AUGUGUAUCUACUACUACCUCCAUCACCACCACAGUGCCCCAUGCACGAGGGACAUCGAGUUUGUCAUACACUAUGUCUUCUGCCCGGCCGCCACGCUCGACGAGACGUUCCAGACCUGGUCCGCCUGCCCGGACACGUCCUACUUUGACGAGCAGAGCGGCAGCCUGGGAAUCGACUUCAACAACCCGUGCGCCAGUGGCGGGUGCCUGGCCAGCCCGAAGUGCAGCCGGGGCGCGUGCCGGCUGGAGGAGCUGAACGGGCUCUGGGUCUGCUGCCGCUGCGGCUUGGGCGGCAACACCUACCCGGUCUGCUACCAUCCGAUGAAGAAGAGCCCAGACUCGCUCUGCUAUCACAAGUGCUGCCUGGGGUGCGAGCCGGAUGUGGCCGCGGGUCCUGGGGCAGGAGGAGCUGGACCCGGCCGGUGA